CAACGCCUCUUUCACUUUCUGUUCCGAUGGUCAGUAGGUACAGUAGGCUAGCUAUAAUAUUGACAGAGAUAAGCAUGUGCUGGCCCAUUUUCUAGAUUUGGAGUAUGAGCUCCCAACAACUUGUCCUAAAGCAGAGAGCGCUGCUUCUGGAUGCCGUGUGUGGUGGAGGCAGUGCUGAACCUCUGGACUGUGUUCUGGACCUGCUCCUGGCCUGGGAGGUACUUAUCUGGGAGGAUUACCUAAGCAUACGAGUCACUGAGAAACCUGUGAGUUCAAAUGCCAGACACCUUCUAGAUGUUGUCUAUGAAAAAGGAGAAGAUGCCUCUGGCCUUCUGUUGGCUGCGUUUAAGCAGGUCUUACCUGAGGAGCAGAAGUCUGAGCUGUGUUUUGGGAAAGAAUAUGCUGUAUUGGAAAAGAACAGACCCGCCACUGCAACUUCAGCAUUAUUGACUGACAGACCUGUGUUAGUUAAAAAGCUCAGAGAUAAUAUUGAUGAGGCUUUUGAUGUCUUAAUGACAACAGGCUGCUUCACCAUCAAAGACUGUGAUGGGGUGCACUUACCUGCGUACACACCCUCACAACAGGUUCGGAGACUCUUGGACCAAGUGAGGUAUAAAGGGGAAACUGCUGCAAGAACAUUACUAAAGUAUCUGGAUCAAACCGAACCUGAAAAUAAAGAACAUCAAAUUCUUGAAGAAACAAUAAGUUUCACAGCUUCUCCAGACACCCUGCUCUUUCAGAGAAAGCUACGGAGUUCUGUUGCUGCCCAGUCCCACUUUCUUAGCACCUAUGGUGGGACGGGACGUUUCUCCCUGGAUGACAUUUACACAGACGGACUUCUUGAAGUGAUGAACGGAUCUGGAGAAACUACAACAUUAGAGCUGGAGGAUGUGGUGGGUCCUGUGGGAAUUCUUAAUAAAGAUGCUGACACUGUGCUUGUUUCUGGGGAGGCAGGUAGCGGCAAAAGCACUCUGCUUCAGCGACUCCACUUGCUUUGGGCGAGAGAAGCCUUGUUCACAGACAUUUACCUGCUUUUCCCCUUCAGCUGUCGCAAGCUAAAUGCAGAGCACCGAGCGCUGUCUCUAAAAGAGCUCCUCUUCCUGCAUUGCUGCUGGCCUGAUCGAAAUCAGGAUGAAGUUUUUCAGUUUAUCCUAGACCACCCUCAUCUGGUCCUGUUUACCUUCGAUGGGCUUGAUGAGUUUAAACAGGGAUUCACAGAUGAAGAGCAUCACUGCUGCCCCACGCAGCCAGUGCCCAUACCUACACUGCUUUUUAACCUACUGCAGGGUACUCUAAUGAAAGGAGUCAUGAAGGUGGUCGCCAGCAGGCCACAGGCUGUGGGCCCGUCCCUGAAACAUUACCUCCGCAAAGAGGUCCACCUAAAGGGCUUUUCUCCCGGGGGUAUUGUCUGCUUUGUUAAGAAACAGUACAGCGAUCCCGGUAUGGCUGGACGUGUCAUUGAGUCCCUCCAGGGUAACACGGCAUUGCUAAGCCUUUGUCACAUCCCAGUCUUCUGCUGGAUUGUGACCAAGUGCCACCAGGAGCUUCUAGGUGGUGAGGAUGGUAUUCCCCAGACCGUUGCAGAUGUGUACCUCUUGGUUUCGCAGCAUUUUUUUCAACGUAAGUCAUCUCAGCCCCAAGGAGCUUUGAGAAAGGGCUGGUUGGAGCAACACUUGGACACAGUGUUAAAACUUGGACAGCUGGCUAUGGAAGGCCUAGAAGCUUCCUGUUACGUGUUCUCAGGACACGAACUGCAAAGACACGGUCUCACAGAACACGACAUCAGCAUGGGUUUUCUCAUUUACUGCAAUGACAUGUCUGUGACAGACUCUAAACGCUAUGAAUUUUUGCACAUUACAUUACAGUGUUUUUUUGCUGCUCUAUAUGUCAUUCUGAAUCGUAGGAAUAAUCGCUCCGCCAUCCCCAAACUCUUUCAGCUUCAACACAGGCAGCCAUCAAGCUUGUCUCCAAAGUGUCUGGGACACUGUGUUGAUCGUUCAGUAGAGGAGGACGAGUCAAAAAUGGUAGAGAAACCAAACCUCCAAAUUACAGCUCAGUUCGUGUCAGGACUUCUGUCCCUGCAACAUCGUAAUCUCCUGUUAGACUGCUGUCCUGCAGCUCUGCGUGAACAUAAUGUCAAGCAGGUAGUGAGGUCAUUAUCUAAGGCGAUGCAGAGACAUUUCAAAUUCAUUCCGCGUCCUGUAGAGGGUGAAAAGAAGAGCAUGCAUGCCAUGCCAAGCUUUGUUUGGCUGAUCAAGUGUAUUUAUGAAAUGCAAGACAGCAGCAUUGCUCAAAAUACAAUGGCUAAAUUGGAUGUUGAACACCUGAAGCUCACCUACUGUAACAUUGGACCUGUGGAGUGUACGGCAUUGGCGUACGUGCUGAAGCAUCUGCGGAAUCCUGUCGGCCUUCAAUUGGACAACAAUUGUGUGGGAGACGUGGGCGUGGAGCAGCUUCUUCCAUGUCUACAUAAUUGUCACUCACUUUAUUUAAGGAACAAUAACAUAACGGAUGAAGGAAUCCGGAAACUUGUGGAGAAGGGAGUGCACUGCGAACGCUUUCAAAAAUUAGCUCUUUUCAACAACAAGCUUACAGAUGCCUGCACGCAGCACUUUGCUUGGCUGAUGAAAUCAAAGCAAAACUUCCUCUCAUUGAGGCUUGGAAAUAACAACAUCACAUCACAAGGAGCAGAGCAGCUGGCAGAAGGGCUAAGUUGCAACCGGUCUUUGCAGUUCUUGGGGCUGUGGGGUAAUCACACAGGGGACAGGGGGGCUACAGCAUUGGCAAAUGCACUGAAAAAUAACACAGAGCUAAUAUGGUUAAGUCUGGUGGAUAAUGGAGUGGGCAGUGCAGGUGCAAGCGCUCUUGCUGAACUUAUCAGUCAGAGCAAAACCCUGGAGGAAUUGUGGCUAAAUAAAAACGUUAUCAGCAGGGAUGGGGUGGAAUGUCUGAUCAAGGCACUGAAGAUGAACUCUAGAGUUAAGGAAGUCUGGCUGAAAGGAAAUAAUCUAAGCCCAGAGGAAGAAGAAGAGCUGAAAAAAGAGGAAAGCAGAUUGACCUUCUGAGGGCAUGCAAGAAGUCUAGAUUUAGUUCACAAGACUGUCAUUGUACACACGCACAUACGCAAUGUGCCAUGGUUUAGGUGGUGGAAGUACAGUCUUAUAGACUGAUAAUCUAGAGGAGUACGUCUAUAUAGGUAAUUUACUACCUCAAUAUCCAGGGUACCCGAUAUGAUUCAAAGCACAGAGAAUUAAAUGGCUGGAAUGACCUUUUCCUGCCUUGACACACACACGUCACCAUAAUAUAGUUUCUUUUCUGUAUUAUGUUUAGUCUGUUUGAGGGUCUGUUACUUGGAGUGCAGAAUUUACAGUUGUCAAAGUUACAAUAUUCUCUAUGAUGUUUUUCUUAAAUGACAGUAAUUAUAAACUUACAUAAGUAUUCUAAAACGUAUACAUUUUGUAUUAUUUUUGUUUCUCAGUAGCUAAGGUCUUCAGGGAGGACCCGGGACCCGUACGGGUUCGGGUCUAUAUUUUAUAUGGUCAGCCGGGUCUGGGUCGGGUCCCAAAUGUAUUACUUCAAGUCUGUUUAACAUUGUGUGUAAUACCCGAGUCGAUCGGAGAACGCCGCCGCGAUCAGUAUCAGUCAGUACUGCAUGCGCAGAGUCGGCGCCAGGGUGCACAAAGUGAGGGGACCAAUUUACUUUUUUAUCAGAGAUAAUCGCGGAAAACCUGAUCUAUAUGCAACGUGGUAGGCUAACCAAAUCACACUUGUAAAAGCGGCACAUUCGCACAUAAUGAGUGCGCGAAGAAAUUCAUGUCCGCACACGUCAGCCGCGCACUGCCUUUUUCAUUGAGAGCCAGACAUUUUUAACUAUAACACAAUCAAAAAUCUAGUUAAAUCCUGCCUAUGGGUGCGCAAUACCUGCGAGUUGUAGAUACAAAGCUUUUCAUCCAGCGCGCGCUGCCGUUUUGAAGUUUAACAAUUCUAAAUGUCCAUUUCGAGGACAGCAUUGCAUAUUUCGCAUAGUUUUUUCAAAGCUAAUAAAUUGAACUGAACUAAAAGACAUGAAAGACACUGUAUGAAAGACACUAAAACCGAAAGGCUAAUUUUAAUAUCAACUUGGAGGAGAGCAAAUGUUGUAUGACAUUUUGACAAAAAGAAGUGGAAAUACACCGAUCAUAGCCUACAUAAAUUCAGCGGAAGUUAAUAAAUGAAGAUUAGUCAUUUAGACGCAUAUAUAGAAAAAAAUAUAUAGAAAAAUGUCAAAAGCAGGCUUUAAAGAAAAAGUGACAGAAAAAGUAUACAGGGGACUGUUCCCCAGAGCUUUAUGUCUAACAAAACGAUCGCAUCAUUAUAACACUAAAGAGUGAGCUUUUGCUUUCUGAUAGACGGCCUGUAUCUCCACUUGUCACCGUCUGCAUAAUAAUGCCCGUUUCUUGUUAAGCAAUGCAUACAGAAACGUUGCCGCUGGACGCAAGCAGCCCUUUAGCUUGUGUUUUUAACAACACAUGAAAGUACAGCACAAGACAAUGUCUUUAAAAUCGGUUAACGAAUAAAUAAAUUAUUUUUUACCC